AUGUCAUCUCAGACUAACAUCACUACUAAGAGAGGAUUAUUAGAAGUUGUGUUGUUUUCUGUUCCAAUUACAGUGCCAUGCUGUGUGUUUCUCUUCAUUAAUGGAGUCAUGUUAUUCACCUUGAGGAGUAAAACUGUAUUUCGUGAUACCUCCCGUUACGUUCUUCUGUUUAACCUCCUUUUUGCAGACACUGUACACAUGGCAUUAAGCCAGUUACUGUUCCUAUUAUCUGUAUUUCAAAUACGGCUGACAUAUUCUGUGUGCGGUGUUGUUGUCAUGCUUGCUGAUAUCACAAGAGAAAUUUCUCCCCUCACCCUGGUGGUGAUGUCUCUGGAGAGAUAUGUAGCUGUGUGUUACCCACUGAGGUACUCUACCAUCAUUACUAUCAGAAACACAGCAGGGGCUAUCAUUAUGGUAUGGUCCUUCAGUGCACUCAAUAACAUUGCACGAGUUAUUUUACUGUUAGAUAUUUCAGUUGAAGACCUGGUAAACCUCCAGAUGAAAGAUUUUUGUGCUAAAGAAAACAUGCUGCUUGGCCGGUACGCUGAUGAUUAUGAUAAAGCAUACAAUUAUUUUGUAUUUGUGUCAUCUGGUGUAGCAGUCAUUUGCUCCUAUAUUGGUGUGAUCAUAGCAGCCAGGUCGGCUUCCACAGACAAAGCUUCAGCUCGUAAAGCUCGUAAGACUUUGCUGCUGCAUCUGGUGCAGCUGGGCCUCUGUCUCUUGUCAACUGUACACAACCCCCUGAUCGAAGCAAUAGCCAAAGUCACUGACAGAUUAGCAAUGUUGCGUGUCCGCAGUUUUCUUUAUGUGUGUAUUAUUCUUUUACCCAGAUCUCUGAGUGCUCUUAUCUAUGGCAUCAGAGACCACACCAUUAGACCUAUCCUCUUGUACCAUCUGUGCUGUCGUAUAAAACUGACCAUCAUACCUGUCAAAGCAAAAGUCUCCCAAUGA